UUUCUCAAAACUCACCUUGACUUCCUGUUUUUGCUCAGAAGCAACAACGUGGAUUUAGUGCAGUUCACCAGUGUGUAUUAAUAGUGUUAUGUGUGACCAGAGUCUUGUUUACGCUCUACAAUGCAGAUAUCUAGUGUGAAUGAUGUGAAGAUUUAUAAUUUGAGCCAUGGAAAGUCUCUUCCAGAGUGGCUGUCAGAUCGAAAGAAAAGACAGCUACAAAAGAAAGAUGCUGACAUCCAGCAUAGGAUUGAGCUCAUCCAGGACUUUGAGAUGCCCACAGUGUGCACAUCUAUCCAAGUGUCGAGAGAUGGACAGUUCAUCCUGGCUGCAGGCACUUACAAGCCAAGGAUUCGCUGUUACGAUACCUAUCAGCUGUCCCUGAAGUUUGAACGCUGUCUGGAUUCAGAUGUUGUGGCCUUUGACAUCCUGUCUGAUGACUACUCUAAGUUGGUGUUCCUUCACUGUGAUCGAUAUGUAGUGUUCCACUCCCAGCACGGACACUACUACAAGACACGUAUUCCAAAGUUUGGACGGGACUUUUCUUACCACUACCCCUCCUGUGACCUAUAUUUUGUGGGGACAAGUUCGGAGGUGUUCAGACUGAAUCUGGAACAAGGGCGCUUCCUCAACUCACUCCAGACUGACGCUGUGGAGAACAAUGUGUGUGACAUCAACCCCAUCCAUCAUUUGUUUGCCACAGGAACCUCUGAGGGAAGGGUCGAAUGCUGGGACCCUCGUGUCCGGAACAGAGUGGGCAUGCUGGACUGUGCCCUGAGCAGCCUCACUGAAGGAACAGAAGUUCAAGGUUUGCCCUCAAUCAGUGCGCUGAAGUUUAAUGGCUCCCUCACCAUGGCAGUAGGCACCAGCACAGGACAGGUGCUGCUUUAUGACCUGCGCUCCAGCCAUCCGUUGCUGGUCAAGGACCACUUCUACAACCUGCCAAUCAAGUCACUCAACUUCCACGAUCAGCUGGACCUGGUUGUGUCUGCUGACUCCAAGAUUAUAAAAAUCUGGAACAAAGACAGUGGCAAGGUUUUCUCCUCCAUACAGCCUCAGACCAACAUUAAUGAUGUGUGCAUCUACCCUCAUUCAGGUAUGCUCUUCACUGCCAAUGAAGAUCCUAAGAUGAACACAUUCUACAUUCCGGCUUUGGGCCCUGCACCUCGUUGGUGUUCUUUCCUUGACAACCUGACAGAGGAGCUGGAGGAGAGCCCAGAGAGCACAGUGUACGACGACUACAAGUUUGUCACCCGAAAGGACCUGGAAAAUCUGGGUUUGUCUCACCUGGUGGGAUCAUCUCUCCUGAGAGCCUACAUGCACGGCUUUUUCAUGGACAUAAGGCUUUAUCACAAAGUCAAAAGCAUGGCAAAUCCUUUUGCAUACGAGGAGUAUCGCAAGGAUAAGAUCCGCCAGAAGAUUGAGGAGUCCAGGACUCAGAGAGUGCAAGUUAAGAAGCUGCCCAAGGUGAACAAGGAGCUGGCUCUCAAGCUGAUGGAGGAGGGUGAUGACGAAGCAGUGCUGGCUUCUAGGAAAAAGAAGGGCAAGGCUCUCCCCAGCAUCCUGGGCGAUGACCGCUUCAAGGUGAUGUUUGAAAACCCCGACUACCAGGUAGACGAGCAGAGCGAGGAGUUCCGCCUGCUCAACCCCAUUGUCUCCAAGGUCGGACAAAAACGGAAGAAGAAACUGCGUCUACUGGCUCAGCAGGCUGCAGCUUCCCAGCAGGUGGCUGAAGAUGAAGACGAGCCCGAGGGGCGAGCCAGCUCCGACGAAGAAAGCUCGGAUGACGACAAGAGCUGGGUGGAGGAGGUGAGGGAGCAGCGGAGGUUGCUGCGGCAGGAAGACAGAGAUCGCCGACGGCAGGAGAGGAAGGAAGCAGACCGCAACACUGUCCUGCUGGAGAGGGAACAGAACGGAGGACAGAAUACUUCAAACAUGGCUGAGCGCAAGAAGACAAGUCAGCCUCAGUUUUAUCAGAUCAAACCCGGAGAAGAGUUCAGAAGUUUUAAUGACAUGGCCCGCAAGCAGAAACUACAGAAGGUUUCUCUGGAGGAGCGUCUGAAAUUGGAGGAGCAUUCUGGAACUAGCAACAUGGCCGACACUGCAGUUGGCAGCAAACAGCUAACCUUCACUCUCAAAAAGUCAGAGCAGCAGAGGAAGCAGCAGCAGGCAGAGCGGGAGCACUAUGAGGAGAGGAAGAAGCUGAGGCGCUCUGCUGGACACCUGAGCAGUGGCCGUGGAAGAGGCAGGGGUGGCGGCAGAGGAAGAGGCCGGCACUGAGGAGGGCAGCCUAGUCCGCUCACAGGUUCAUUCAUCCUGGAUGGACAACAGAGGCAUUCCUGGCAAGAUCCUCACCAUAAAAAUCAAAGUUUUGUAGUUUCUGCCAUUAACUCAACUCUUAUAGAUGCCAGAGUACUGCUUUUAAGCUCUUUGGACAUUCUGGAGACAUUCUAUACAAUGAAGAGACCGAUACCCGUUGAACAGACGAGCCUGUCCUGCUCCUGGGUGGUCUGAGCCAUGUGUUUAGUUGCUGUCUGCAAAUUCAGAGCAUAUUAAAAAAGAUUACCUUAUGUUGCUGCCUGUUUGCAUAUAAUGCUUAUGCCAUUAUCCAAAAGUAAGUUGACUGCAUACUUUUUUAGCAGGUGUGGCCCCAGGAGGAAUUAGGGAUAUGAAGAGCUGAAAGGGCUUGACAUGACCUGCCCUGUCUCAGGUGUCUAGUUUCUUAUCUAUGCUCCUCAGUGGAGCCUACUAUUUCUUUAAAUGGAUUGGAGAAAAGGGGUGUGUGUGUAAAAUCAUUUUUUUCUUUAUUGUAUAUCGUUAAGCCAACACUGGAUUGACAACAUUUGUAAUAUUGGUACAACAGCUGCUCUUCUGCUUUGUUAUUAAUUUCUGAAAAUCAAAAUAUACCAUUUUCUGCUGAGUGCCAAAAUGGAUUUAAAAUACGUAAAUACUCAGUCAAACUAUAGCAUGCUUCCUUUGCAGCAGAUUACUACCUACUUGCGUCAGAAUUGAGAAGAGGCGAGGAAAAAAUGUGAAUAAGGAAAGUAUUUUUCCCCUUUCCCACAAUAACAACUGCAGUUCUUGGAAAUAGAAGGACUGCUUGGGUGUCCUUCCCAUCCCCCAGUGGGCUGAUGGUGUGAAGCCCCUCUGCUCCUACAUUUGCUCAUUUCAAAUGGGAGGGAGAUGCAUUUCAGCACUCAGCAUGCCAGACUGGCCUCCAGGCUCAUUUGAACUAAUUUGAUGUCACCAUGCUUUUUCGCCAUGACCCAUCUGUCAGGGUGUGUGACAGCAUGAACAAACACCUUAUUGAAGUGAAGAGGAAUCCAGUAAAUUAGCAUUUUAGGCACAAAUUUCUUCCGGGACAUUGGCUGCAAGAGCCUUACAUACUAUCAGUGUUGUAAGCUUUAAAGGAAUGGUUAAGCAUUUUGGGAAAAGAGAGUUAGAUGACAGAUUGAUACAACUCUCAUAUUUAUACAAUAAAUAUGAAGCUGAACAGUAAGAACAAGAUGAAUAGGAAGCUUUUUGCCCCAAUAUUUUUUGAGAGAUUUCUAUCAGUAGAAAAUGUGUUACUGAGGCUAGACAACGAAGCUCCAUCCUAGUUUACGUCUUUCUGUGGGAAACCAGUGACACUGUCCCACUGCAAAAAAAACCCCCAUCAUUUAGCAAAGUGUCAUCUGGUAAAGUUCUUUAAUCUGGGUUCCAGGCAAAUUGCCCCGUUUUUCUCUCACAAUGCUUUGACUUCACCAUGACAACUGGCAAUCAGGCCACAGGAAGUGGGUCAACCAAACUUGUCACAAAGAAUACGAAAACAAAUUGAAUUUCCACAGAGGCAAGCAUAUGCUAUUUGAUAUACUGUACCUUGUAAGCCAGACCAUUACAAAGACCCUCGGUAUGCCUCGUAGAGAUUUCUGAGGAUUUCUCUCUCAUGAAAUUUAUCAAAGCAUGUUUUCACUUGAAAUGAUAUUGCUUACUCGAAUCAAUGCAAAUCAGAGCUUGGUCGCAGUAGAACAUUGGAACAGGGAGUAAUAAAAAAUGAUAAUGUGUUUCGAAUUGAAUUAGAAACACACAAGAAGUGAAAACCAAGCAUCCCUUACUGUGACUGCAUCAAAGCAUACAGUAUCUGAUGGAGGUUUGUGGUUCAAUUAUAGUAUCCUUCCCUGUUUCCUCUGAUACACUUUUGUGAGCAAGUAUGUUAAUUAUUCUGGGUAAUUCACAGAGGACACUGUCAACAGGUUUCACAGGGACUGUGUCUUAGGUACAGAGUGGUGCCAUUGAAAACUGUUCACAGUGAGGAUUAUCCAGAGUAACCAGCACAUUGUUUCUGGAAAAAAUACUCAAGUAAAUUGUUUCUGUCCUACACUUUGGUUUACCUGCUGCUGUACUUUGUGUUAGUGCUAAUGAGCAAAUAUUAACAUGUUAAAACACUAAACUAAGAUGGUGAACAUGGUAAACAUUAGCAUGAUAGCAUUGUCAUUGCUUGCUUGUUAAUAUGCUGACAUUAGCAUGUAACAUGAAGCACAGCUUCAAAGAGCAUGGCUGUAGACUUGUCUUAUUUUACAUUUACCUUUUAAAUGCUGUGAGCACCAGAAAUAAAAUUCCAUUCACCUUCAUUGUAUUGGAUUGGCAGCAGAAUUCUCUGAUAUUUUAAAAUUUGGGUCAAUAAAACCAAAACUGUCUGUAAGGCUAGAUACUACUAAGGGGAAGUGAGAAAAUAUGCAAAUACAUCUGCUGACAACAAUGAGUAUUUUAACCUCAUAUACAUAGUGUGUACGGUCGAAGAUAGAAAGCCUGCAGGAUUAUCUCUAGUAAACUUUGUAGUGUGUGUUGACAUGAGAAUCCUUGAAAACCUACCCUUAUUUGAGCUCAUACAUACUGUUUUUGCGUAUAAGAGACUGCAGUGUGAAAUGUGCAUGGGCUUGCUGGCCAAACUUGUUCAGUUCUUGACUAGCCCCCAGGGUGCAACUUUUUUUAAUCAGUCUAUAAGGCUUUCUGUUUUGUUUUGUAUUGUUUUUUUAUUUAUUUUUUAUUUUAUGUUGUGGAUAACUUUUCAAUCUGCAUUUUUUUAGGCUUCACUCAGUUAGUGUACGUAUCUGCAUAGUCUUUAAUGUUCAUGUAUCUGCUUAGGAGUGUAAAAUAGUUGAUUUAAUUCCUUUUAAAAGUCUGUCACCACCUUAAGUAUAAUAUAAAGUAUACUUUCUUGUU